AUGUAAACAUAACAAGAAUUACCUCUCUAUAUUCAAUAGACUCCUUAAGCAUCAAGUUAGAUAUCAAAUGUUUAAUACCCAAUAUUGAGUAAUGUAGUACCAGCUGCUUAAUAUAUUUAAUUGAAUGAUGUUUAAUAAGCUGUUGCUGAGAAGUGUGUUUUGAAUGAAGUAAAUUCAGAUAGAUAAGCAUUUCUAAUUGAAUAUUACAAAAAGAUAUUAAUACAACAUUCAAUUAUUUUUGGAUUGUUCUUACUUGGAUUAACUAAAUGGUUUAGUUCAAUUGUAGUUCAUCAUCAUUAUUGGUGGAGUUAAUUUAGAUGGACUUGGUAUGUUGUUUUAAGUUUGUUGAUUGUCAUAGUAUUAGGACUUCCAAUAUUGAGAAAAUAUAGAUGGAUUGUAUUCUAUAUUGUCUAAAAAUUAUUAGGUUUCAUAGUAGUCUAAAUUAUACCAUAUUCAAACAGUAUUAAUAGCUUUUCUUUUGAUUGGAAUUGCUGGAAAUCAAAGAGGAAACAGUUCACAUAAAUCUUUUAAUAUUUGGAUUAUCAUUGUGUUAGUAAUUUUAAUUAGUCAUGAUUUACUUUAAAUUGUUAUUGUGAGAUUCUAAAAAACUCAUUAUUACACUGUAUUAAUGAAAUUUACAAUAAUGGGAUCAUUGGCACUUAAUUUUAUAGUAGGUUUAUCAAAUAAACAUCUUGAUAGAGCAUUUCCAAUAUCAGAGAUCAUCAUUAUAUAUGCUCUUUAUUAUUUUAAUUAAUUAAAUGUUUAAUUAUUGAAAUAGAGUCAUGAAUUACCAGAGGAAUUAUCAAUAUUUGAAAGAAUUCAAAAACUUAAAUUGAUUAGAAACUUAUUUAAUUAAGAAGCUAGAUAGAAUCAAAUAAUUGAAUAAUUAUAAGACACUCAUUGUGUGAUAAGCAAACAUUUAGUUAUAGUAAUAGGAUCAGGUUUUGGAUAUAUUGUAAUAUUUGUUUUAAGUAUUGUUACUGGAAAUGGAUUUUUGAUAUUUACUUUGAUUAUGGGAUCAAUUUCUAUGUUAAGUGUGAUAUUAGAAACUUAAGUUGCAUCAAGAGUAUAAAUUAAUUUAAUAUUUAUAUUAGAGUUUAAAAUAAGAAGACUCUCAUUAUGCAGUAUGUUUGACUUAUCUUGACAUGGCUAGUCCAUUAAGAUUAUUAUUGAGAAGUUUAUUUAAUAAAUGA